AGCCUAGCAGGCCGGCUGCCUGCUUCCCCAGCCAGUCGGUGGGUCUGGGCACUGCAGCAGGCUCAGCUCCAUCCCAGCACUUGCCUGGGAGAAAGAAACGUGUUAUACUCACCCAGAGAGAAUCUCUUUCUACCUUCCUUCCUCCCCGAUCUCUCUGUGUGCUUUUGUGUUUCUUUUUUUUUUUUUUUUUACUUAAUUAUAUUCCUAAUCCUGGAUGAAGUUGCUGGAUUCCGCAGCACAAGUCUUCAUGAACAAGCAGCACCGCUCAGAGAUUUCACGGCAUUCAAAGGUCACAGAACUGCCACUAUGGUUAAAUGUCUUGUUUAAUGGUUGAGAGGUGUGGCGAAAUCUUGUUUGAAAACCCUGAUCAGAAUGUCAAAUGUGUUUGCAUGCUAGGAGAUGUACGACUGAGGGGUCAGACGGGGGUUCCUGCCGAACGCCGCGGCUCCUACCCAUUCAUUGACUUCCGCCUCCUUAACAAUACAACACACUCAGGGGAAAUUGGCACCAAGAAAAAGGUGAAAAGACUGUUAAGCUUUCAAAGAUACUUCCAUGCAUCAAGGCUGCUUCGUGGAAUUAUACCGCAAGCCCCGCUCCACCUGCUGGAUGAAGACUACCUUGGACAAGCAAGGCAUAUGCUCUCCAGAGUGGGAAUGUGGGAUUUUGACAUUUUCUUGUUUGAUCGCUUGACAAAUGGAAACAGCCUGGUAACACUGCUGUGCCACCUCUUCAACACCCAUGGGCUCAUUCACCACUUCAAGUUAGAUAUGGUGACCUUACACAGGUUUUUAGUCAUGGUUCAAGAAGAUUACCACAGCCAAAACCCUUAUCACAAUGCUGUUCAUGCGGCCGACGUCACCCAGGCCAUGCACUGCUACCUAAAGGAGCCAAAGCUCGCCAGCUCCCUCACACCUCUGGACAUCAUGCUUGGACUGCUGGCUGCCGCAGCCCACGAUGUUGACCAUCCAGGGGUAAACCAGCCAUUUUUGAUCAAAACAAACCACCACCUUGCCAACCUAUAUCAGAAUAUGUCUGUGCUGGAGAAUCACCACUGGCGAUCUACAAUCGGCAUGCUUCGAGAAUCAAGACUUCUGGCUCACUUGCCAAAGGAAAUGACACAGGAUAUUGAACAGCAGCUGGGCUCCUUGAUCUUGGCGACAGACAUCAACAGACAGAAUGAAUUUUUGACCAGAUUGAAAGCUCACCUCCACAGUAAAGACUUAAGCCUGGAGGAUGUACACGACAGGCACUUUAUGCUUCAGAUUGCCUUGAAGUGUGCUGACAUUUGCAAUCCUUGUAGAAUCUGGGAGAUGAGCAAGCAAUGGAGUGAAAGGGUCUGUGAAGAAUUCUACAGGCAAGGUGACCUUGAACAGAAAUUUGAACUGGAAAUCAGUCCUCUUUGCAAUCAACAGAAAGAUUCAAUCCCUAGUAUACAAAUUGGUUUCAUGACCUACAUCGUGGAGCCCCUCUUCCGUGAAUGGGCCCGUUUCACGGGACACAGCGCCCUGUCUGAGAGCAUGCUAAGCCACCUGGCGCACAACAAAGCCCAGUGGAAGAGGCUGUUGCCCAACCAGCGCAGAAGCAGCAGCGGUGGCGGUGGCAGCGGCGGCCCAGACCACACCGGCCCAGGGACCGAAGCUGAGGGGCAGACCGUGACCGAAGGCGACGCCCCGUAGUGCCAGCCAGGCCUGUUCCCUGCUCUGCACACUGAGAGUGCCAGCCUCCUCGCGCAGAGGCCUCUGGGAGGGCAGAUGCUCUGAGGGGCUCUUGCCGGUAAACCCAGCCCCUCUCUGGGUGUCGUCCUGGGGCUCUUUGGAACGAUAACCUCCUCCCGCUCACCUGCCUCCCUCCUUUUUCCAAGUGUACAGAAGCCAUCCGUCACCUCAGCAUUAGCUGCCGAAAUAAGGAGCUCCAUUCCGCCAUGAGGGAGCUAGCUGAUUCCAGGGGCCGGCUUGGCCCUCGAGGUGAAGACUGGGGAGUAAGAAAGAGGUGCUCCUGCCGUGGGCCCCUCGGGUCCUGGGUCACACUGAGACAGGCGGCACUUCCUAAGUCCAGAGCAUUUUUAGCGUUGGCCCUCGGACUGCUGAUCUGCAUGACAAAAACACCAGCAUAUUUGGAACUCCAAGGAUAUUGGUUUCAGGUGCAAGAGCCCAAAUGAGAGCGUGAGAGAAAGUACCUUCUAUUUUAAUAAUAAUUAUUAUUAUAAAAAUAAUAAUAAAUCUUUUUAACUUUUCUAUUUUAUGCACUAGACAAUGGAUCUAAAACUAUGGGCAAACAUUACUCAAUGUACCCAAACUCGAACGGGGGUUCACUGUUUUCUUACGGACUUUAUGCCACUUUGGGUCAGAGAUUUGGCAUCUUCUCAAUUAAGAAACAACGUUUCCGAUCCGAUCCAAGGGGAAGGUGCUGUACAGUUCAUUCCUUUGCACCAUUUGCCAAUCUGUCUUUUAUCGAUAACUCAGAUUCAGUGACAUGUUUAUAUUCACACCUGCACAUUCUCUGUAAAUAUCAAGCGCUACUGAUUCCCAUGCCAAAAUACAUGAGUAUUAUGGGAUUGCUACCUGUAUAAACAAUGGCACUGUGAACAGAAUACUGUUAGUUUUAAUACAAGAGAAUGCAUUUGUAAAUAUGGUAUAGAGUUUAUUAAUAUACUACUGUUUGCAGAUAAAGGCCUUAACUUUAAA